AUGGCACUCUCAAAGCUCUUAAUGUUCUUGGCCACUGUUUCCUUGGCCAUGGCUCAACUCUCCCUAGCCAAGAAUUCCCCGAAGACCUUCCUUGACAUACACAACAAGUACCGGGCCGUCGACGGCGUCAAGCCGUUGGUAUGGAACAAAACGUUGGAGGGUAUUGCCGUGAAAUACUCUACCAAGAAGAGCACCAACUGUGAAAUGGUGCAUUCUGACGGGCCAUACGGCGAGAACCUUGCCCAAGGCUCGGGUGACUUCGGCGCUGCAGAAGCAAUAAAGCUAUGGGUGGAUGAGAAGAACUACUAUGACUACGAGAGCAACACUUGCAGCAUUGGGGAGAUAGCCUGCGGGCAUUACACUCAGGUGGUUUGGAACACCACCACCGAUGUCGGCUGCGGUAGGGUUCAAUGCAAGAACAACGACUGGUGGUUCAUCACCUGCAACUACUAUCCUCCAGGGAAUUAUGUCGGCGAACGGCCUUUUUAA